AUGCACACCAAUCAAGUUUAUAGAGAACGUGUUACUGUAAAUAAUGGAUCGCACAAAUGGUGGCACCAUCGUUGGUUCAAAAUAAUCGGUAUUUUCGUUAUUAUUUUAAUAGUUUUUGCUGUUAUUCUUGCUUUGUUAUUAAACUUCGUCGUCUUGGCGCCGGAUAAAUCAGAAACUAGUACCACUCCCGCAACAUCAUCAUCACCACCACAAACAACAACUACAACCACCACUAAGAAGUCGGAAUGGUCUGUUACCGGUAAUAUGAAUAAUGUACGACGAGACCACACAGCAUCUGUAUUAUUAAAUGGAAAAGUAUUAAUUACAGGUGAAGAAGGCAUUAGUAAUAUUAUUUUGAAUAGUGCUGAACUGUAUGAUCCAUCGACAGGUACUUGGACAACUACUAGUAACAUCACUAAUAUACGAUAUGAUUACACAGCAUCCGUAUUAUUAAAUGGAAAAGUAUUAGUUAUAGGUGGCGAAGGCAUUAAUAAUAAUGCUUUAAAUACUGCUGAAUUAUAUGAUCCAUCAACUGGUACAUGGACAACUACUAGUAACUUGACUGAUGCACGAGAGUGGCACACUGCAUCUGUAUUAUCAAAUGGAAAAGUAUUAGUUACUGGUGGAAUUGCAGGCAAUAGUGCUGAGUUGUAUGAUCCAUCAACAGGUAUUUGGACAACUACUGGUAACAUGAUUCAGGAACGAGCACAUCAUACAGCAUCUGUAUUAUCAAACGGAAAAGUAUUAGUUACUGGUGGCGGCCUCAUUAAUUAUUUAAAUAGUGCUGAACUGUAUGAUCCGUCAACAGGUACGUGGGCAACUACUGGCAACAUGACUAAUAUACGAGUUUACCAUACAGCAUCUGUAUUAUUAAAUGGAAAAGUAUUAGUUACUGGUGGAGACGACAUUAAUAAUAUUGUUUUAAAUAGUGCUGAGUUGUAUGAUCCAUCAACAGGUACUUGGAAAACUGUCGGUAACAUGGCUAAUGCACGAUAUACUCACACAGCAUCUGUAUUAUUAAAUGGAAAAGUAUUAGUUACUGGUGGAUACAACGGUAAUUAUUUAGAUAGUUCUGAAUUGUAUGACCCAUCAACAAGUACUUGGACAACUACUAGUAACAUGACUAAUACACGAUCUGAUCACACAGCAUCUGUAUUAUCAAAUGGACUAGUGUUAGUUACUGGUGGAUUCGAUGGCUCUAGUGUUAUAAAUAGUGCAGAAUUAUAUCAAUGA